AUGUCGGCCGGCCUGUCCAGAGUCCGUCUCUGCCUGUGCGGCCCGACGCCGCCCAUCGCCCCGAAGCCAUGGACGUCGCUGCUCUGCCUGGGAUGUCGCCCCGGGUCCUCCGGGAGCGGCCAGCCGAUCGCCGAUCGGCGUCACGCGGCGGUGCAGGCGUCGGCCGCCUCUGAGACUCGGCCGGCGGACAGGCCGGCAGCCAUUGGGAUGCUGGGCGGGGGGGCCAUUGGGGAUGCGCCCACGUUUCAGGAGGCGAUUGCCAGGCUGCAGGGGUACUGGGCAUCGCUGGGGUGCACGGUGUGGCUGCCGCACAACACCGAGGUGGGUGCUGGAACUAUGAACCCUGCCACCUUCCUUCGUGUCCUUGGUCCAGAGUCGUGGAAUGCAUGCUAUCCAGAACCAAGUGUUCGGCCAGACGACAGCAGAUAUGGCAAGAAUCCAAACAGGGUUCAAAAACACACCCAGUUUCAGGUUGUUUUGAAGCCUGAUCCUGGCAAUCCACAAGAACUUUACUUGGGGUCGUUGGCAGCUUUAGGAAUCAAUUCUGAAGCUCAUGACAUACGCUUUGUUGAAGACAACUGGGAGUCACCUGUUCUUGGGGCAUGGGGCCUUGGAUGGGAGGUGUGGAUGGAUGGGAUGGAGAUAACUCAGUUCACGUACUUUCAGAAUGCUGGAGGCAGUGCCCUUUCUGUGCCCGCUGUUGAGAUUACAUAUGGUUUGGAGCGCAUCUUGAUGACCCUUCAAAAUGCCAGGCAUUUUAAAGACAUCAUGUACAACCGCCAGAUAACAUAUGGGGAACUUUUCCUGCAGAAUGAGUAUGAAAUGAGCUGUUACAACAUGGAGGAAGCUAAUGUAGAGGACCACUGGACUAGGUUCGAGUUAUACCAAAAGGAGGCCAUGAUGCUGUUGGAAAAGGGUCUGCCGAUACCAGCUUACGAUUGCAUGCUCAAGUGCUCACACACUUUCAACGUUCUGGACGCCAGAGGGGCUGUGGGCGUCACAGAAAGGUCGAACUGCUUUGCAGCUAUGAGGGGCUUGGCAAGGGACAUAGCCAAGUCGUGGAUUGCCAAGCGGGAGGAGCUUGGACACCCCUUGGGCCUUGCUGGUUCACCUGCAAUUGGCAAUGGGAAAAGUGCAUCAGCUGGCGAUGAUGCACGCGUGGACAUGGUCAGAAACGAGAGAAAAUUGAGUCCUGAAGAUUGCAGGUCGUUUGUAUUGGAAGUGGGUUGUGAGGAAGUGCCACCUGAGGAUGUGGCAUCGGCGGCUGCCCAGUUGAAGGUAAAGGUGCAGAAUAUGCUGAAAAGGGUCCGACUGAGGCACGAGGGCGUCGAGGUUGAGGGGACGCCCAGGAGGUUGGCAGUGUUGGUGAAGGCGUUGGCUGCGCACCAAGCUGUGAGUGAGGAGAAGAUGAAAGGUCCACCUGCAAAAGUGGCCUACUGCGAAGAUGGCACUCCGACCAAAGCCUUGGAAGGCUUUAUGCGCAAGACAGGGGCUUCUCUGGAUGUGAUAAUCAAGGAGACUGAUGGGAAGGGCGUGGAGUAUGUUUUUGCCAAUGUUCGCGAUGAGGGUCAGCACACAUCGGAAGUGCUGCAGGCGGAGCUGCCCAGUGUGCUUCGGGAGAUAUCAUUCAAAAAAUCGAUGAGAUGGAAUGGCGACGUGGCGUGGAGUCGGCCAGUCAGGUGGCUCCUGGCUCUCCACGGAGACUGCAUCGUGCCUGUGCAGUUUGCAGGGCUGACAGCUGGAGCCAGAACUCGUGUGCUUCGCAAUUCAUCCCCUGCAGAGGUCAACAUAGAAUCAGCCGAGCAGUACUUGGACACACUGAAAGGGAAUGGCAUAACAGUUAGUAUCUCUGGCAGGAGACAGCUCGUGUUGUCUGCAAUCCAUGAGGAGAUUGGCAGCUUGGGUGCUUUCAUUCCUUCUGCCAUCGAGCAGGAUUUGCUUGAGGAGGUGACUGGCCUCGUGGAGAGCCCCACUGUUGUUGUGGGGUCUUUUGAUGACGCAUUCCUGCGUCUGCCCCAGGACGUGCUGGUGACGGUCAUGCGAAAGCACCAGAGGUACUUCCCGCUGAUGCGCAAGAGCGAUCCGGACACCCUGCUGCCUUCCUUCCUGGCUGUGGCGAACGGGCCGUUGGAUGAGCCGACUGUGAGGGGGGGCAACGAGGCUGUGCUGCAGGCCCGUUUUGAGGAUGCGCAGUUCUUCUACAAUGAGGACGUGGGCCAGCCCCUGGACGCUUUCUGCCCAAAGCUGGCCGGCACUGUGUUUCAAAAGAAGUUAGGCAGCUUGUUGGACAAGUCUGAACGUGUGGAGUCGCUGGUGGAGCCCGUGGCCAGGGCGGCGUGCCUGGAGGCUGCUGUUCCUGUCGCCAAGCGGGCUGCAAAGAUAGCCCGGGCAGAUCUCGCCACUGCGAUGGUGACAGAGAUGACGUCUCUGGCUGGGACCAUGGGGAGGCAUUAUGCACUGAUGUCUGGUGAAUCGCCAGAUGUGUCCCAGGCGAUCUUCGAGUCUGUGCUGCCCCGGAACGCCAGCGACAUCCUUCCCACAUCGCCGGCUGGCAUCCUUGUGUCUCUUUGUGACAAAUUGGACAGCUUGGUGGGUCUGAUAGCUGCCGGCUGUGCGCCAAGCGCGACUGCCGAUCCAUAUGCCCUGAGGCGAACUGCCUAUGGGAUGCUGCAGACGGUUAUCAGCAACCGAGUGAGGCUCAACCUGCGCGAGUGUGUGGACCUUGCAGCGGGCAUUCAACCUGUUGACGUUGCUGAGGCGUCCAGGGCAGAGACUUUAGAAUUCGUUCAACGACGUUUGGAGCAGUUGUUGGCAGAUAAGGGCGUACAAAUUGAGGCAGUUCGAUCUGUCCUCUCUGAGAGGGGCUUGGACCCUUACUUGGCAGCCACGAGCGCGGAAGAGCUGGCGGCCGAGCUGCGGGUUGGCAGCGACUCCCGGCUGUCCCGCGUGAUGACAGCCCUCUCUAGGCCCAUUCGCAUCAUGAAGGGCAAAAAUGUGGAGCCCCUGCCAGUGGACGUGUCGCUGUUCCUGCUGCCAGAGGAGGAGGAACUGUGGCAAGCGUGCGAGGCUAUCAACAGCAAGGUCGAUGAGGGCAUGCCCAUACCUUUGUUCCUGGAGCGGGCCGAGGAGCUCGUGGACCCCAUCAACGCAUUUUUUGACAAAGUCUUCGUCAUGGCGGAUGACGCGUCAUUGCAGCAAAACAGGCUGGCAUUGAUGCGAUCAGUCGCAUCCCUCCCUGACGGAAUUUUGGAUUUCAGCGAGCUGCCAGGCUUUUAA